CCGUCCUAUUCAAUCCCGGAUUACCGGAGAGUAUAACUACCGGCCGAGCGGAAGAGGGGAAAGUAUUGUUCACGCGCUCCUUUAGCACCUGAAAUGCAAUCCAAAGGAGCGCUUUUCCUCCUCGCCGUGUGCGCGUUAACGGCGUAUUACAUCUACUCCCCCAUUCCGGAGAACAUCGAGCAGAGGUGGAAGCUCAUGAUUACAGACUGCUUCUUCAGGAGUUUGAGUCACUUGGCGGACUUCACUGAGCUGAUAGGUCUGGCAGAGUACAUGGACGUCAUGAUGAUCAUCACGUUCUUGGAAAAUGUGGUACCCGUGUCUGACGAGCGGGUGAAGGUGGCGGAAGAGCGUUUUGAUGGCGUGGAGGUGGUGGUGUAUGAACCUAGUCAGGACAGAGGAACAGGCGAGAUGAGGAGGGCAGUCAUUUACCUGCAUGGUGGAGGAUGGUGUCUUGGCAGCGCUAAAAUGGGUCCAUAUGAUCACCUGUCCAGACAGACGGUUACAGAACUAAAUGCUGUGGUUGUUGCUGUAGAGUACCGCCUGGCUCCUCCAUACCACUUCCCUGUUGCCUUUGAGGAUGUGUAUCGUGUAGUGAAGUACUUCCUUCAGCCUGAUGUUCUGGACCGGUACAAGGUGGAUCCGGAGCGUGUUGCGGUUUCAGGUGACAGUGCCGGAGGAAACCUGGCAGCCGCUGUGACGCAACAAAUGCAGCUGGAACCAAACCAGCUUGUGAAACUAAAAGUCCAGGCUUUAAUCUACCCGGUCAUGCAAGCGCUGGAUCUCAACACACCGUCAUACCAGCAGAACCAGCACAUGCCAAUCCUGCCACGCACGCUCAUGGUCCGCUUCUGGAGCGAGUACUUCACUAGUGACAAAUCAUUUCUCACUGCCAUGUUGGCCAAUAACCACAACAGUGCAGAAUCCAUCGCGCUGCUGAAAUUCGCCAACUGGAGCGUCUUCCUACCUGAGCCCUACCGCCGGGCGUACAGCUACAGCGGCCUGUCGAUAUCGACAAACAAACCCUCCGUGUCGCUAGUGGACCCGCGGGCGUCGCCGUUACUGGUGCCCGACUCUGUGUUGCGUCAGCUGCCUAAAACGUAUGUUGUGACGUGCGAGUACGAUGUGCUGCGUGACGACGGCAUGAUGUAUGUAACGCGCUUGCGUCUGGCCGGCGUCCACGUGACGCACGAACACUACAGAGAGGGUUUUCACGGCCUAGUUAUGUUCACUCUGUGGCCCACAGAGUUCGAAAUCGCCAACAGGAUUACGGACGGUUAUCUGCUGUGGCUCAAGGAGAACUUGUAAAAGGAUAUUUGCAACAGGAUUGGUUUACAGACCUUGUCUCAGAGGUCCUUCCCAGCACCAAGCUGCGUUUAGAUGUUGCUUUUUUUCACAUUUCGUCUUCGUUUCAUAUGUUGGAGUGUUUCCUGAUUAAAAGUCUGAUUUACCGUUGUAUUAUCAGGGCGUAAUAUUUGCAUGAUUCAUGACUACUUCUGGCUUGUAGAGAAAAACAGAGCAGAGAAAUGUUUUUUUUUUUUUUUUUAAUCUACAUCAUUCUGUUGAUUUAUGUCAGUAUAAAAGUAUGCCAGAUAAUUUUUAAAUUUUUUAAAUUUUUUUUUUAUAAGUCUCAUUAAUUAUUUACAGACCUCAGCUGUUAAUCGUUUGUGUUGUUCAGUCUUUAGACUCAAUGGGGUUUGGUUUAACAAGCAUUAACAUAGUUAUGUCAUGUCUAAAAUGCACAUGUUUUUGUUUUUGUUUAGUUUUUUCAAUGUGAAACUGGGAAAAUCCUGAUAGUAAUUUGCAUACGGUUUUAUUCUGUUGAUUUUCCUUCACCAUCGCUGCAUUCUUAAGUGCCUCAGAAAGUGUGUGUGUGUGUGUGUGUGUGUGUGUGUGUGUGUGUGUGUGUGUGUGUGUGUGUGUGUGUGUGUGUGCAUGGUACAGCCAACAACUGAGGAGUGUUUUUAAAAUGUAUCUUUCACAACUGGGCUUUCAGUUCCACUUAAAACAACUGAAGCAUGCAGUGAGGUAACACAUUUAAGCUGAUUUAUAGCCCAUCCCACCCACACACACCUCCUCAAUAUUACUCCAGCUCUGGUUUAUAUUAAAACGCUCAUUCUAAAACAUUAGCGUUUCUAUAGUAACGUGUAAUUCACAUAAGACUUUUUGACGUUUUAAUUUUUGAAAGGGAAAAAAAGUGUAGCAGUUUUGGAAGGAGUCUCCAGCAUCAGCGUUUUUUGAGAGAAAAGGGGGGGGGGG